AUGGAGAAUAGUAAUCGUGGCCCUGGAGAGACAAGCGAGAUUGUGUUCAGCAACGCAUGUAAUUCAACAAUGCUGGAAAUGGAUAAGAUAAACGACGUAACAAAAAAAACAAGUCUUACCGUUACAGUUCUUGGCACAGGUGACUUCGGCAGGGCACUGACAAAACGCCUCUCAUUGUCUGGUUAUAACGUCGUCAUGGGCAGCCGAUCACCCGAAAGCAAGAAAAAUUGUUCAAUAUUGCGCAGCUUCCAAAUUUUGUCAAUUGACGAUGCCUGUAACCAUUCGGAAGUCGUCAUGUUGGCCAUUCCGCGCGAAGGUUAUGACCGCAUGGUGGAGUUGUAUGGAAAGUUACUUCAAAACAAGAUUGUGGUUGACGUCAGCAAUCCUACCCAGGCUUCGUGUGAUGGCUCGUCACACGCGGAAUAUUUGGCAAGCUUGCUUCCCGGAGCACGUGUUGUUAAAGGAUUGAAUAUGGUGUCAGCGUGGACGUUAGAAAAUGAUGUCUUUGGUGGAAGUCGCCAGGUUUUCAUCUGUGGGGACGACCAGGCGGCCAAAGAUCAG